CGGCUUCCCCCGGCGGGAGGAGAGAGCCCGGAGAGCACUUUUCCCCCGACUUUAGGAGUGUUUGUGGAUUUACAUGCCAAGCCUUCAAGAUGAUGUCCAUGAACAGCAAACAGCCUCAUUUUGCCAUGCAUCCCACCCUACCUGAGCACAAAUACCCCUCUCUACACUCCAGCUCGGAAGCAAUAAGAAGAGCAUGUCUACCAACUCCACCGCUGCAGAGCAAUAUCUUCGCCAGCCUCGAUGAGACCCUGCUGGCGCGGGCCGAGGCUCUGGCCGCCGUCGAUAUCGCCGUCUCGCAGGGAAAGAGCCACCCGUUCAAGCCCGACGCCACGUACCACACCAUGAACAGUGUGCCCUGCACUUCCACCUCCACCGUGCCCCUGGCGCACCAUACCCACCACCACCACCAUCAUCACCAGGCGCUGGAGCCCGGCGACCUCCUCGACCACAUCACCUCUCCUUCCCUUGCGCUCAUGCCCGGCGGAGGCGGCGGCGGAGGCGGCGGCGGCGGCGGCACGACGGGGCGGGCGGCGGCGGCGGCGGGGCCGGCGGCGGGCGGGGGCGGCGGCGGCAGCGGCGGGGGCGGCGGCGGCCUCAUCUCCACUUCGGCCCACCCGCACUCGCACAUGCACGGCCUGGGCCACCUCUCGCACCCGGCCGCCAUGAACAUGCCGUCGGGGCUGCCGCACCCGGGGCUGGUGGCCGCGCACCACGGGGCCGCGGGGCAGGUGGCCUCGGCGGCGGCGGUGGUGGGGGCGGCCGGCCUGGCCUCCAUCUGCGACUCGGACACGGACCCGCGAGAGCUGGAGGCCUUCGCCGAGCGCUUCAAGCAGCGCCGCAUCAAGCUGGGGGUGACCCAGGCCGACGUGGGCUCGGCGCUGGCCAACCUGAAGAUCCCAGGCGUGGGCUCUCUCAGCCAGAGCACCAUCUGCCGCUUCGAGUCCCUCACCCUCUCCCACAACAACAUGAUCGCCCUCAAGCCCAUCCUGCAGGCCUCUGAGGAGGCCGAGGGCGCCCAGCGGGAAAAAAUGAACAAGCAGCUCUUCAAUGGGGGCGAGAAGAAGCGCAAGCGGACUUCCAUCGCCGCCCCGGAGAAGCGCUCGCUGGAGGCGUACUUCGCCGUCCAGCCCCGGCCCUCCUCCGAAAAGAUCGCCGCCAUCGCCGAGAAAUUGGACCUCAAAAAGAACGUGGUGCGGGUUUGGUUUUGCAACCAGAGACAGAAGCAGAAACGGAUGAAAUUUUCCGCCACCUACUAG